UUCUGCAGAGUCAAACUAGCAAUAUGGGCACAUUACGCUCAGAAGCUGUAGUCAAUUAUUUUACUCAUGGGGGCAAAAAGGAGGCCACAUCUCACAGAUCAUGAAGAACAUCUUCCAGGAGUCCUUUAAUGCUUACAAGACAAACAUUGAGCCUCAUCUGAGUGAGCUGAGUCUGCACCGCAUGCAAUGCAGUCGCAAGCUUUUUGAGAUCAUGCUCUCUCAUCGGCGCAUCAGUGCAGCCUACAUUGAGGGUGAUAAUGUGGCAGUCACAGUGGAGGGAGAGGCAGCGCGUGUGCUAAACUUUGACACUGGUUGUGGUAUAAACCUUGGCAUGAGGGGCUUGGAGUCACUUGGACAGUUUAUCUACAGAACUGCCACAGCUCAGGAUCAGAAUGAUGUGUUCGAAGCACUUUCAGCAAAAAUCCAGCACUCCAAACACGUGGCCGAGACCUUCAGACAAACUGGACUAGCUGCUGCAAUGUUUAAAUGAAUGUGUGAGAUAAC